AUGCAUCCAGAACGCAUUUACGUCCUGCAUCCGCCCAUUUUUUCUGCUCGCCGAUUGUGUGGCCAGACGUUCUGCAUGAUUGAUGUCCCAAGCCUCUUGCUUGGCAGCGCUACAGGUGUUGUUGCCUCUCCUGUUGCUGCAACCACGCCUGAAUGCCAUUGGAAGAAUGUUGACAGGUGCAGUGUUUGUAGCACUGAUCAGUGCUUCUGUGCACCAAAGCAUAAGGCAUGCGUGAAUACUGUCUUUGACAGCAACAAUUUGUGCGAGGAGUAUCACACAGAAUCAAUGAAUGCAUGUUGUGGCUAG